AUGAACAAACUGUCAGCCAGAAUAUCUCCUGCCCCCGGACCCGUCCCCAUCACACUUCAACCACUCACUUCAUCAGUAACUGAAAAGGAGCCUCGGGGUGAAAAUAUCCUUUUGCAAAAUGUAGUCUCUGAUGAUUCUGAUCCAGAACAAAGAUCUAAACGCAUAUGUGCUCGAUGUUCAUUUCAAGCUGCAUGGAGGAUUGCAUGUGGAAUUUUUUUAGGAGCUUGCCUUGCAGUGUCCUGGGCCUGGGGAACUCAUAAUGCUAAAGAAACUCUUAUAAGACAUCCCGCCCCAUUCUUUAUCAUCUGGUUCUGUAGUAUCUGGAAUAUUGUGUUUUUUCCAUUCUAUUAUCUGUGUCAACUUCUCGUGAAGAGACAGAAAGAAUGGCCUACCACAGAGUUCAGAAAGUGUAGCAGGUUCCUGGGUGAAGAGUUGACUGUAAGGACUGUUCUUAAAAGGGCAGCUCCAUUCUCCAUGCUAUGGAGUUUAUCUGGUUAUCUGUCCUUGCUGGCACUUUGCCACAUAUCAAAAGUGGAUGUAAGUGCUGUUCUCUGUUGCGGUCAGGCUUUCGUUUUCCUCCUUUCAUGGAUUGGACUCAAGGAUCGCUUCAUGGGUGUCAGGAUAGUAGCUGUCAUUUUGUCCAUCACUGGCAUUGUUAUGAUGGCUUAUGCAGAUGGUUUCCAUAGCGACUCAAUCACAGGAGUCGCACUAGGUGUUGGCUCAGCAUCGACCUCUGCCUUCUUCAAGGUGCUUUUCAGAAAUCGAGUAGGAGAUGUGGAGCCAGGUCCUGUCAGCGUGCUGUUCUCCUGCGUGGGUCUUUGCAGCUUUGUCCUUCAUUCCUGGGUGUGCGUGUUGCUUUAUCUUACACAUGUGGAAUAUUGGCCUCCCUCUCAGUACAUUCCUUGGGAUAAACUGUGUGUUAUGGCAUCUCUGCUGCUUGUUUUCAAUAUGCUGGUGAAUUUGGGAGGAAUAUUUACGUACCCCAGUUUAAUUUCACUCGGAAUUCUCUUGACCAUUCCAGCAAGUGCAGCUGUGGAUUCAUUUGUGACCUCAGCACUGCAGAUCAGCCAUGUACGUGUGGCCGCAGCAGUUAUCAUCUCAGCAGGCUUUCUCAUGCUGCAGCUUCCAGAGAACUGGGACGACGGCACACUUCGCUGGCUCAGCACACUGUGGCAUGGAAACUGGCACGAGGACAGUAUAGUUGGAGAAGAAACUGCGGUAGACCUUGUUGGGACUGCACGAGCAAAACCGGCUGUUGUGACAGUCGGCUAG